AUGGCAGCUAAACUACGUUACCAAGAUGAAGCUGACCAGGGUCCCAAGCCAGGAGUAAUUCACGAUGUCUUUGACGGGCAGGAUUAUCGGAGGCUGCGUGCUACGCCCGUCAACCCACCUGGUGGGUAUCAUUUCUUUGAUAACCCCAAGGAUCUUGCGCUUGGUCUAUCAACUGACGGCGUUACUUUGUUCAAGCGCUGUCGUCGUGGCCUCUCGACAGCCUGGCCCAUUAUCCUAAUUAACUACAACCUCCACCCACGUUAUCAAACAAAGCUUGACAAUAUCAUAUGUGUUGGUGUCAUUCCUGGUCCCACCCAGUGCAAGGACAUCAACUCGUUCUUGACCCCGCUCUUGAAUGAACUGCUGGAGCUCGAGGCAGGUGUUGAUUGCCAUGGACUUAGCCCCGAGGGGGUGGCUUAUGUAUUUUUGCUCCACGCGUUUCUAAUCAUAGUAUUUGGUGACAUUCUUGCUGUCUCGAAGAUGAUCUGCAUGAAAGGACACAAUGGACGCACCCCCUGCCGAGCCUGUUACAUGCAGGGUUAUCCUUGCCCCCUUGCGCGGACCACCGUCUAUUACAUCCCUCUACGACGCCCCAACUACCCAAUCCCCCACUCCCCUUUUGAACUCCCUAUGCGAUCACAUGCGGAGUUCUUGGGUGACCUUGAAGUGAUUGAAGCCGCACCAACGCGGGUAGCACGGGAGUUCCUCCAAAAGGAUCUCGGUAUAAACUCGCGGUCAAUCUUCGCGAGCCUCAAGUCUAUCGAUUUAUCCUCAAGUUUCCCUUACGACAUCAUGCAUCUACUAUUUGAAAACCUUGUGCCGAACAUGAUCAAACAUUGGACGGGGGAUUUCAAGUGGCUGGAUCAAGGAAACGGGAGCUACGAGAUUGACGAGGUAGUAUGGAAAGCGGUGGGUAGGCAGACUGCAGCGGCUACUAAAACAAUACCAGCCAAGUUCGUCGGCACAAUCCCUAACAUCGCCGAAGAUGCCAAGCUCUUCAAGGCCGAGGCGUAUGCGUUCUGGUUUCAAUACAUGGCGCCGAUUCUACUUCAAGGAAGAUUGAACGAGCCGUAUUAUAGCCACUUUCUGAAAAUGCGAGAAAUAAUGCUGCUUGUCCUUAAGUUCGGCAUCUCAAAUGAUGAGAUAGACGAGCUUGAGAGAAUGACGGGCGAAUGGGUGCUCGAGUAUGAAUCCCUUUAUUAUCAGUAUACCGUGGAACGACUUCCUGCAUGUCCCCUCACAAUUCACGCAUUGCUACACAUGGCUUAUUACAUUAGGCGAACUGGCCCGCUUUGGGCUUCAUGGGCGUUUGUCAUGGAAAGGUAUUGUCAAUUUAUUGUUCUAGCGGUCAAAAAUCGUGUUCGGCCGUACGAGAUGAUCGACAACUAUGUCUCGCGGGAUGCUCAGAUGAAGAUUGUGUCGAAAACCUUCAAUUUACCGCUGAUGGGAAGACCGCGUGUAAAUACGAGGAUGGUACACGGCGUAGAGAUAUCGAGCCGGGAGAGGAUGCACGACGAGUUUCGAGAAGUCGUGCUCGGAACGCCCGUAAAGACACGGGGUGUACUAACGGAUCAGCUGGAAAACCAGCUUCUCGGCUAUUUCUCUCUCGUAGAACCCCGUACCCCCCGGCACGAACUCAGACGGCGGACCAAUUUCGAUUCGCUCAUCAGCUAUGGUCGAUUUCGCCAGGUUCCAGAUGGGGAUCGCGUUCGUACAGCGAGGCUUAUCAGCAAUAAUGCCGUCGCACGCGACAACUCAUUUUAUGACCUCCUGCCUGAUCGCAAUGCUCGCUGGCGACGCCUCCCAGAUGAUCCAUAUCGGCGCUGCUACUACGGUCAGUGCGUAGGCGUAUAUUUUGUUCGAUUUACUGAAAACGACGGGAACGUUAAGGCAUAUCUGCUCGCGGCUGUGAGAGAAUGUAAUACGAACGGGUCAGACGCCGUGAAUCCCGAGACACCCGUUGUCACGUACACCGAGUUGGGGCCCAUCAACCUAGUGCAUAUAGACACGAUUAUAUCAGUUGUGGGGCGGAUUCAGUUGGGCCAGACAUGGGCUAUUGUCGACCGGAGCAGGGACAAUGUACGUCCUCAAUUUGACGAUGACCACGACGAGGACGAGGACAAGGACGGUGACGAGUAG